GAUUCUUUUAGGACGUUUAUUUUAAAAAACAUGACAGUUGUUAUGAGAAGACUAAAUAUACCCCCAUACCCUUCUACUCUUUUUUCUUAGCUAUAUAUUUACACCGAGCAAAGGUGAGGCUUGGACACACUUGCUUUAGAAACCUAACAAGUCAAGAGGUUUUAGAGAGAAAAUAAAAAUACUAGAAGAGAAGAGAUCAUAUAUACACUAAGCUUAAGAGAGAGAGAUAGGAGAAGAAGAAAAAGGGCUACAUAAAUUAGUAACAACAUCAAAAAGUGUUACUAAAAAGUGAUAGAGAAACAAGGAAACAUGGGAAGACCACCUUGUUGUGACAAAGAAGGUGUAAAGAAGGGACCAUGGACACCUGAAGAAGAUAUCAUACUUGUUACUUAUAUACAAGAACAUGGUCCUGGAAAUUGGAGGGCUGUUCCAACCAAGACAGGCUUGUCAAGAUGCAGCAAAAGUUGUAGACUUAGAUGGACUAAUUACUUAAGGCCAGGAAUCAAAAGGGGUAACUUCACUGAACAAGAGGAGAAGAUGAUUAUUCAUCUUCAAGAUCUUUUAGGAAAUAGAUGGGCUGCAAUAGCAUCAUACCUUCCACAAAGAACAGAUAAUGACAUAAAAAAUUAUUGGAAUACUCAUUUGAAAAAGAAGCUCAAAAAAUUGCAAGCAGGUAAAAAUAAUUCUGAAGGAAAUUUUGAAGAAGAAAAUUUUUCAGCAUCACAAAGAAUUCCUAGAGGUCAAUGGGAAAGAAGACUUCAAACAGAUAUUCACAUGGCCAAAAAAGCACUUAAUGAAGCACUUUCAGUUUCACCACAAAAAUUAUCUUCUGAUUUUUCUACUUCAAACCUUUCUAAUAGUAAUAACUCUAUUUCUUCAACUAAAGAAUUACCACAAUCUAGUUGCUAUGCUUCAAGUGCUGAUAACAUAGCUAAGUUACUUAAGGGUUGGAUGAAAAAUCCAAUAAAAUCAUCUAGAAGUACUAAUUCAUCUGUGGCACAAAAUUCAUUCAACAACAUUGAUUGUGUUUCUAGUAGUGGAACAAAGGGUGAAAGUGAAAUAUUGUCUGAGACUUUUGAAUCUUUGUUUGGUUUUGAGAGUUUGGAAUCUUUGGAGUCUUCGAAUUCCGAAUUCUCUCAUCAAUCUUUGUCGCCGGAUGCAACGAUUUUACAAGAUGAAAGUAAGCCUGAAGUUGGUUCAGAAACAAUGCCCUUUUCUUUGCUUGAGAAAUGGCUUCUUGAUGAAGCUUGUUGUCCUGAGAAAGUUGGAUUAGGUUGUGGUGAUCAUGCUCAAGUUUUCUAGGUUUUAUUU